AUGUUUCCCGAAAAGAGAGACCUCUCGUAUUUCCUCCCCUUCGGCCCCGCACCGAGCCUGAGCACGCUACCGUCCGACGCGGGAUUCGGCGGGAGCCGCGAAGCCGGCGUUACAACCGGCGUAGCUGCCGGCGGUGUCGCCGGCGCCGGCACGAGCUACGGCUUCAGUGGUGCCGGGCCGGCGGGGUUUAACACCGACGCGGCGAACACAGCAGCGUCGCGGCUGUACGCGACGGGGGUGAUCGACAGCAGUAACCAACCGGCGAAAGAUAACAACAAUCAGACGAAGAACAACAAUAACAACAACAGCGCGAGCGUGAGCAGCACGCGGAGGGAGUACGCGUGGCCGGGGACCGUGGCUCACGCAUUCGCUGCCAUUGCCCGUGGUCCCGCCGCUAGCCAGGUGGCGAGUGGCGAGACGUUAGCGGACGCAAUAAUCGAUAUCCGCAGGGAGCUGAGUCUCAGCGAUGGUAACCCUCGGCUCGCGAAAGGCCUCGCUGAAUUCUUUGACGAGAUUCUCUCCGAGGAGGAAUCUCAGGAGUUUUUCUUCUUCACGCUGCCCGGAAUGGCCUCGCUCGCCCUCCGACUCCCGAGCCUCGUCUCCCAGCAGGCUCGGAGCGUGGCUCGGGCAGCCCAGGCCGCAGCGCAGUCCGGCAGCAGCGGGGGGAGCGGAAGCGGGGGGAGCGGGAGCGGAAGCGGGAGCGGGGGGAGCGAGAAGUGGCGGCGGGGGACGCAGAUGACGCUGCAGCUGCUGAGGCCGCAGCAGCCGGGGCUUGUGCUUAUAACGCAGGAGCUUGCAGCUGCGCUACUGGUGGGCGCGUUCUUUUGCGUGUAUCCGACGGCCGGGCGCGCGCAGGAGAGACUGCCAGAGAUCAACUUCGACCGCCUCUAUGGGGGCAUAUACGAGGGCUCGCCGCAACAACAAGAGAAGCUGCGGUGCCUGCUGCACUACUUCCGCCGAGUCGUCUCCUCCAUGCCUCAGGGCGCCGUCUCCUACGAGCGCAAGGUGCUGCCGCUCACUGCUGUCACACCCGCCACUGUCACACCCGCUGCUGCUGCCGUCCCCUCGGCCCUCCACCCGUUUAACGCCCCCGGCACUGACACACCAGGCCACCUAAAGCAGCAGCAGCAACAGGAUGUAUUUGGUUGGGGUGGGGAGGCAGGGGAGGGUGGAGGGCGGGGAAGUGGGAACAUAAGACAAGGCACUGGCAGUUCGCCGCCCGGAAGUGGUGGGAGUGGUGGGCAGGGUGGGCGGCGCGGUAAUGGUAGUGGCGGAAGUAAGGGCAGUGGUAACGGCGGUGGUAACGGGAACGGUUACGGAAGUGGUUACCACAGUGGUUCCCGAAGCUCGCCGAUGCAGAAAAGCAGCUCCAACCGAAGCUCAGGUCCGACUACAGGGUCGGAUCCGAGCCUGGCAGGGUCGUGGGGGAAAGGAGAGGAGGGAGAGGGGGGGCAGUUGCGGAGUGGGGGUAGCAGGAGCUUCGGGGGGAGCUGGGGGACGCUUCCGCCUCCCCCUGGCGCGGACUUCUGGGGGACAAGGCGGAUUCCGCUCUGCGCCCUCGUGGUGCAUGAGCGCGGCACAAUAGAGGACGACGGCACGGGCUGUCUGCAGGUCGACUUCGCGAAUGCCUUUCUGGGCGGCGGCACGCUUGGCUCGGGGUGCGUGCAGGAGGAGAUUCGUUUCGUCAUCUGCCCGGAGCUCAUCGUGGGAAUGCUUUUUCUGCCCGCCAUGGAGAACAACGAAACGAUUGAGAUUGUGGGACCCGAGCGGUUCAGCAAAUACACUGGCUACGCAGCAACAUUCAAGUUUGCCGGGGAUUUCAUCGACACAGCCCCGCGGGACUCCCUAGGCCGCCGCCAGACGCGGAUAGUGGCUAUGGACGCCCUCUCCCACGCAGCAGACCGCCAGUUCCGCAGCUCCUACCUCCUCAGGGAAACCAACAAGGCCUUCUGUGGCUUCCUAGACCAUGCCUCUGCUAGGGGGUUCGCUGGCGGGUCGAUUCUUGCGAGUAAUGACAGUCGAGGGGAAGGGAAGCAAGGGAGUGGGGAGGGCAGUAAGGAGGGAAGUAAGGAGGGAAGUAAGGAGGGUAGUGGAGAAGGGGAGAACAGGAGUGGUGAGGGUAGUGGAACUGAGAAGCGAAACGAGGGAAUGCAGACAGGAGGUGAUGACAGAGGAAAGGGCAGUGGGAGUGACAAUAGCGAAGGGAACCCCGCGGAUGCAGCCGAAGCUCGCCGCCUGAGUGCAACAGCGCCUCGGCCCAACAGCAGUAGUGACAAUAACGAGGGGGGAAACAUCGAGCGGAGCAACAGUGGAAACACAAACAACAGCUGCGGAAACAACAGCAGUGGGAACAACAGCAGCGGGAAUAACAGCACACAGAUGCAGGGCAGUAGCAGGGCCACUGCAGGCACUAGCUCUGGUUCUGACUCACGCCUUGGGAGAGAAAGAGGCGUGGGCGGGCGAGACUCUAGUGAGAGUGAGAGGGUGGAGGAGGAGGAAGAGGAGGAAGAGGAGGAGGAGGAGGAGGAGGAGGAGGGGGAGGAGGAGGGGUUUGUCAUGGUGGAGAGGGGUGCAGGGAGGUUGGAGGGAGUGCGGGAGGAGUGGGGGGAAGAGAGAGAGGCGGGGCAAGCAGGGGGGGUUGAGGAGGGGUCUGCAGGGGCAGGUGGGCGUGUGGUGGAGGGGCAUGGGGAGGGGAGGGAGAUGGAGGUAGAGGGGGAGGCAACCCCAAUGGAGGAGGACUAUAACGAGGACAAGCAAGCAGACGUUGAGAAGGCCAAUGAGGAUACGGAAAUGGCAGAGCGAGGGGAGGAGGUGAAGGAGAGGGAAGUGAGGGAAGAAGAGAGGGAGGAAGCACAUGAGAAGCAGGGUCAAUCCGCAAGCCAGGCGUCAGGAGAGUCACCACAGCUGGGCAGCGCCAAUAGGCCGUCUGAGCAGACUCCGUCGCCCUCCCUGCCCUUCGUGCGCGCUUUAGAUGCGCCUCAAAAGGCGUCUGGAGAAUCACCACAGCUGGGCAGCGCUAAUAGGGCGUCUGAACAAACCCCCUCCCCCUCCCUGCCCUUCAUGCGCACUGAUGCUCUUAUGACAUCAGCAGGUGGGUUGAUAACAUCGGCAGGCGUUGCUGUGCCUGUGGGUGGUGGUUGCUUCCCCUCCAUCUCCCCCAAGGGCACCGCCACUGGGACUGGGGGAACAGGCACGGGGACAGGGGGAACUGGCGCGGGGACAGGAGGGAGGACGUGGGGAUCAGGGGGAGCAACUGGUGGGGGGAGUGGGGGAGGGACGGGGGGAACUGGGGGAACUGGGGGAACGGGGGAAAUAGGGGGAAGGAUAGGCGCAGCAAGGGGGGAAGCAGGAGGGGAUGGUGGUGGGGAGGGGGGUGGGAAGAAGGGGCAAGGCAGUGGAAGUGAUACCCAAAGCCGGGCGGCAACAGAUUCGAGCGGGCGGCAUUUGUCUCUUUCUGGGCUGAGGCGGGCGGUGGAGGAGGAGGUGCACAACCGCAUGGGCAUAGCGACGGGCAACUGGGGGUGUGGCGUGUUUGGGGGCGACCUGGAGGUGAAGAGCAUGCUUCAGUGGAUGGCUGCCUCUGAGGCUGGCCGCCCCUUUGUCCUCUACUUCACUUACGCCGACCACCGCGCUGCUAGGCUUAAAGAGGUGUGUGAGUGGCUGCUGAGGGAGGGGUGGAGUGUGGGCGAGCUGUGGACCACAGUGGCUGAGUACAGCCGGCAGCGACGCGACCACCAGCUGCACCUGCAGGUGCCGCAGCAGCACUCGGAUCACCACCACCACUCCCAGCAGCAGCAAGACAUGGAUUACCAAUACCAGCACCACGAGCAGCAGCAGGGGCAGGGGCAGCAUGGGCAGGGGCAUGGGGAGAGGCGGCGGCAGCGGUACGGCACGCCGGUGUCCUUCUUUGACUGGCUCAUCCCCGUGCAACAACGUUCCGGUUCUCCCGAGCCUGACGCCAAGCGUGCCCGCCUGUCCACCUCCGGAGGUUCGUCUCGAGCCGUGUCAUCCCCUCCCCGCACCUCCCGCUCCCUGCACACGGAACUGCAGUACGCAUUUGAAGACCCGUGCCUCGUUCCUGAAGUGGGGGGGACCACUGAUGGGACCAGAACCAACCAGCAGAGUGGCCGUGCAGAGGGUGGUGAGGGUAUGCGGUGUGGUGGUGUGGCGGAUGGCAGGGAGGGAGGUGGAGGAGGGGGAGGAGGGGGAGGAGGGGGAGGAGGGGGAGGGGGAGGAGGAGGAAGAGGAGGAGGGGUGCAUGGGGAAGUUCCAGGUGGCGUUGAUGCAUGUGUGCGAGAUGAGUCACAGGGAGCAGGGCGCAGGGAGGAGGCAAAAGAAGCAGGGCACGGGGGUGAGCAGGCACAGGAAGCAGCGCGCAGGGAGCAGCAGGGGGGGGAAGGCGGGCACAAGGACAAGGUGCAAGGGUGGGAGGACAGGGGCGGUAGGGGACGGCAGGUAGGGCAGCAGGAGGCAGGGCAGGAUGCCCACGUUCAGGCAUGCCAGGAAGAGGGUGAGGGUGGGGCAGUGGAGGAAGGAGUGGGAGGUCCUGGCGAAGGCGAGCGGGAGGAGGGGCAAGCAGAAGGGCGAGGGGAUGGGAGAGGGGAUGGGCGAUGGGAGUCGAUGGCGCAACAGGGCGAGGUUCCGGUGCUGAAUGGGGAAGCAAGGUGGCACGGGGAUGGGGAUGGUGGCGCGAUUGACCGCGGUGGCAGUUCCAUCCCCGCUCAUUCGCUUAACGAAUCAGCUAAUGUCGAUGUUCAGCGUUUGGAAGCCCGCCGUCACGAUGCGGAUUCAGGCGCCUCUAUCCUUAACGAGGAUGAUUAUAGCGGAGCAAUUUCUUCAGCACGGGACAGUCUUCGCGAUGCCAUCGAGCUGAUCGCGACAGGCGUCGAGGCGAGCUCCAGCGAAGGGGUGACAGAAUCGAAUCCUCUUUACAGCAGCUACAGUGAAAUUGGAAGUGCGCGUGACAAUAGCGAAAUAAUGAUCCAGGAGGGACGGCGCUCCGUUAUAGCGGAGGAGCGGGGGAGAGCGUACCACGGGAGCGAUCUCCACGAAGCCGCCAUGGUCGACGGAAGUGCUUUUAAUGAAGCAGGGCCCGAGGGUGUCGAAAUUACGAAGCCGAAGCAAGGCGAUGCGAUCGAGGAGCAAUGGCCGACAGGGCCUAUGGAAUCUUGGGACCCUAAGAAAGUCGAAUACCUGAUCUCCCGCUCGCCUCCCCACCGACCAUCCCCCUUCCCCGCCUACCUUUCCUCCUCCUUCCCCUCCUCCCUCUCCUCCUCUCUUUCCUCCCACCUCGCCCUCCUCCUCUCCUCGCUGUCCCGCUACGCGCGCGCGCUCGACGCGUGGUGGGGCACGGUGGCCGAGGAAACGUUUAAUCUCUCCGAGGAGUUUAAGUACGUUGGCUGGCCGGGCAACUAUGGCAAGGCGGCGGGCGGAGCAGCGGGGGGAAGCGCAGUGGGCGCAACGGGGGCGUCUGUGGGGGGAGGCGCGGGGGAGGGGGUGGGAGGGGGAGUGGGAGGGGGGGUGGAGGUGGGGGGAGCAGGGGUUGCGGGGGUGAAUGUGUGGCGACGAGUGAAGAAGUACCGACACUUUGUGGCCUUCAUGGCUGUGGUGGCAGCAGUCAACGGCCUCUUCUCUCUGCUUCUCAUCGACUCACUCCUCUCUGGUGCCUGCAUCCCCCUCUUCCACGACUGCCAUGCCCACCCUCUUGGCCAUGCUGCUGCUGCUCUUGUAACCUAUGACCUAUCCAAUAUUAACCACACUCGCCACGCAGCGUCUCUCCGGUCCCUCCGCCAACCCCACUCCACCGGUUUCCACCACUCUGCACACAGCAGCAGCAGACAAAGUCUCUUGCAGCAGCAGCAGCAAGAAGGGCGUCAGUCUGAGGAGGGGUAUCAGGAGAGGCAGGGAGGAGAGGAAGAGGGACAGGAGGAUGAACCAGACAAUUCCAUGCAGCACGAUCAGAAUAAGGAUGGGAGUGAUGAUGAGAAUAAUAGUGGGAGUAAAGAUGGAAAGGCCGGGGACGAGUCGUCUGCUAUGGUUCUCACAGCCUCUGCUGUCUCUGCUGCGUUCUUCCUCCCACGACUAGCCCGAUCGCCAGGCGUUCACGUCACUCCGUAUCCCGACGUCCCAGGGGCCUACAUCCUGCAAACACCACCCACUUCCACACCCUCAACCACCUCUUCUUCCUCUUCUUCCUCUUCUUCCUCCAUUCAUCUUCAAGAUGCUUCCACCGACCCGUCACUCGAUCCCACCUCCACCACCACCACCGUUCCUCAUCCCCCGCCGCGCUGCUCGCUCCUCCUGAGGGACGUGUGCUACGUGCACAUGCAGGGCGCCAGUCGCCUGCACCGCAGCAGCGCCGGCGUGUGGUUCGACCGCGAGGCUCUAGAGAGCGCGCUGGCUGGGGACCUGGGCGGGCAGGCCUUGCACGCUGCCUCUGACCUGUCUAAGCUCAACCUGGGUCUCGUGCAGCAAUGUUCUGCUGGGGAAGGUGGGGGUGUAGGUGCGGGUGCAGGUGGGGGUGCACAUGGGGGAGACUCGAGAACGAGUAGUACUGGUGGGAGUGGGACCGGUGGUGAUGGGAGCAGCAGCAGCAGCAGCAACGGUGAGGUUGCAGAUGUUGACUCUAUCGCUGAAGCGCUUUAUGAGAAGGUCGGGGGGUUUCUGAGUGCGGAUGAAAUGGCGUUCUAUGCCGCCUCUAGUGCCUCGCAAGGAAAGCAAGUCUUUCGCUCAUCUGCCCUCUCCCCGCCGCCCGCACUCCCCUUGGCCGUCGUCCUGCCUUCGGCCGGGCGGCAGAGUGAAUUCGCUGACCUGGCAGAUGUGCUGCAUGACGUGGCACUCUACCUGCCGACCAUUUCCAAGCCCAGCUCCCCUCACCAACGUCCUUACCACAUGGCUGGUUCGAUAAAAAUAAAGGGCUUGCAAGACAGUGGGUCAAGCUCUGCUGAUUCUGCUUCCACUGCCGCUGGUACUGCUGGCACUGAUACCGCCGCUGCUGCUGGUGGUGGUGCCACCACUAGUGCUCCUGAGGAUACUGAAUCCUCAACAGGACCACAUCUCUUCUUCCCCUCUGCCGCCCACCCUCCUAACCUCUGGGUGGGCGGCACAACCCGGCUGCUUCUCGGGCCUCAAGCCCUCGCCCUGCCGGGCAGGCGCGUCGGGCAGGUGAAAUGUUUCCAGAACGCCGUUUUCAUACCGGGCAGGGAGCAAAAAACGAGGAGCGCCUGGGCUGUGGAGGCAAUAAGGGAGAGAGCAUGGGAGAUGGUGGAUGAUGUAGAAUCACUAGUGUCUAAAAGGCUCUGGGGGGGUAGGAAGCUAGGAGUGGCUAGGACACUGCAGGCCCAGGCACAGAUUGAACUGAACGGGGACGUGAAGAGAUUAAAGUCGUUCUUUAAAGAGAUGAGGAAGCGUACAGGAAGGUUCCACCAUGUGACUGUGCUGGCAAGUGAUGGGCAAGGAAGAGGGAGGAUAGAGGAAAGAGAGAGGAAGACAGGGGGGGAGAGGGAGAGGGAAGAGGAUGGAGAGGGGAAUGGAAACGAGGUGGAUGAAGGGGAGAGGGACGCGGGGAUGGCGAAUGCAGAGGGGGUGGCAGAACUAGUGCGAGCAAUGAUGCCUAAGCUGACUGUCGAUGUUGUGACCCUCGCCAAUCGCUCCUUCGUAGAGCAAGUCGCCAUCAUGAAGCGCACGGCUCUCCUAAUCGCCAUGCACGGCCCAUCCCUCGCCAACACCCUCUUCCUCCCGCCCAACGCCACGCUCCUCGAGCUCUUCCCCCCUCACCUCCACUCCCCCCACCACUCCUCCCUCGCCGCCGCCUCCCGAGUCCACUACUACAGCUGGCACAACGCACACCCUCUCAACACCACAUACACCUCUGACUGCAUGGCCCGCGGGCAGUACGCUCUCCUGCCUGAGGCCCUGUGUGCGGGGAAACCGGAGUGCCUGGCGUGUGUGAGGGACCGGUCGGUGACGGGGGUGCAUCUGGGGGAGCUAAGGGGUGUGCUGAGGAAGAUCCAGCAGCCUCUGCGGGCAUUCUUCCUGGCUGCCCAGCACAGGCACAGACGGAGAGGCAUCCUGUAUGGAUCUAGCAGUAGCUAG